AGAGUCAUUAGCUGAAAACAGGUUUUGGAGUUUAGCCUCACUAAAGCUGAACUUUGCAACUGUCUCUGUCCCCACUCUGAAACACUUCCUGCCAUGAAGUUCUGAUGAAGCACCAAACUGCAGUUACUCAGUCAGUGGAGGUUCAGUAGUGCAGUUUCUCACCACUGUUGUUAACUGGAGGCUGACUAUGGCGUUAUUUUUGUGCCACUAUUCUGAGCGCACGUAAAAAAAAAAAAAAGUUUGCUGGUGCAAGUUUUGCCUUUUGAGGAGAAAUUUAUUUUGAGUGAACAAAGUUCAUUCCUGCGUGCAUUUUAUUUUGCCAUUAUUUUUUCUAGGCAUUGAAGCCAUUAAACUAAACCAAAAUGGUGGUAAUAUUAAUUUUAUCCGGGAAACAAAGAGAAGCAUUUUGGAUAUUCCGCUUUAAGAGUCUGCACCCCACAGGUCUGAAUGAGGAUUUUUCUAUCAAUGAGUUUUUCUGAACUGAGCCUUUUUUAUUUUUUGUUUUUAUUCUAAUUUUAUCAGUUACAUUAUUCUCGCAUGGGUAAUGCGAGAUGGCAUGUUUAUGGGUAAUGUUUAUUUAAUUAAUUUUAUUCAUUUUUUCAGCCAAAGAAGGAGUAGGAUUCUCGACAGCUCGUCUUAAGUCUACAUUUUAGAGAUUUUACAUUUUAGAGACAUAAAUUAGGACCUUUUAACAAAUCUGUUCCCGUGUGACGAUGUCCUCUUGUUUUUUAAUUCAACUGCUGGACCAACCUCCUUUUAUUAUUAAAUACUGCCCUUUUCCCCCUUUUUUGUAUAUAUUCAUAGUAUUCUUCUUAUGUAUUUCACACGUGUUAUUUUGAGACAGGUGGGGAUAAUGUCUCCUCCCCCCUGUCAUCAUCAUUAAUGAUCUAGUCCAGUAUUUACUUAAGCGUGACUUAACCCAGAGCUUUCCAAAGUGUGGGGCCCGCCCCCAAUUAACCAAUACCUACCUGUUAUAUGUCAGUUGAUCUAUCUAUGAAGUUUCGAUUGGUUUGAUUGAUUUAAGCAAUUUUCUACAAUGUUUUACUAUGACCCUGAUGAAGGCCACAAGCCGAAACGCGUUGGUCAAUUAUUAAAGUUGUUCAUCUUCCCUUAAGUGUUGCUGGAGUCCUUGCAUUGUGGACUCCCAGGUAUUUAAACCCUCGUGGGGGUUGUCCCCUGAAAGGGUCAUCGACCCACUGUUGACCAUUGAUUUAUCAAAAGAGCAAAUGUGUGUGUCAGCAGGUCCUGAGUGAAACCAUUGUGAGACCCUGUUUCACUCUAUCAUGUAACUCGGUGCUGUCCCUGUUAAAGAGCCAAGAGCCUUUCUUUCCACUUCCUCCAUGUAAAGUUUGGCUACAAUGGGACACACUGGGGAGCUCACAGCACAUCCAUGUUUGUGUCUGUAGAAACCCUCGUUGUAUUUAAAAUAUGUGGUGGUAAGGCAGAGGUCUAACAGUGUGCAGACCUGAUCAGGGUGAAGCUGGUUCUGGUUUUAAGGAGCUGUCUUGAUGUAGUUGUUUCCUGACAGUCUCCACUGCCUCGGUUGGAGGUAUACAAGUGAAAAGUGAGACCACAUCAAAGGACACUCUGGUUUCAUCUGGAUCAAGUGUAAGUUUGUGGACCUUGUUGGUGAAGUCAGCAGAGUUUUUGAUGUGAUGGGGUGUGUUCCCCACAAGGGGAGCUAGGAUGGUGAUGAGGUGCUUGGAAAUGUUGUAGGUGGCUGAGUUUAUGCUGCUACCAAUGAGCCUGAGUGGGACUCCUUCUUUGUGUGUCUAUGGAAGUUCAUAUAUACAGGGUGCAGCAUCCCCUGGGUAAAGGUGGUGGUAUGCAGGGAGCUCAGUGGCUUUUUUCAAGUUCUUGUUGCAGCUGAUGACUGUCUUUUUGUAGCUGCUUCUGGGGUUUCACCUUGAAGCUUCAUAGGUAUUGUUGUCACUGAGUGUAGUAAUGUUUAUUUGCUCUGCUUCUUCUUGUCAGGGAUAAAAUACAUAUCUAUACUUUUGUGUCCCAGCUGAGUAACAGGAGGAGAAGAGUCUGGUGGAGCAGCAGAGGAACAGUUUCAGCCAUUUGGACUCGGCUCAGCCACUACAGAGGAAACAAUGACUUCAACACAGGAGGACCAACAUGGAGCAAGAAGUCAGGACUCUCAGGAGGCUGAUGAACUUCAAAGACAGAAAAGAGAAAAGAAAUACACCUGUGAGGAGUGUGGGAAGGAUUUUAGCCGUUCUGGCAACUUAAAAACACACCAAUUCGUCCACAGUGGACUUAAACCGUACAUCUGUGAUCGUUGUGGUAAAGCUUUUAAUCACAGAAGCCACUUACGACGUCAUCAAGUUAUUCACUCUGGAAUGAAAGCGUACAGCUGUGAGUUGUGUGGUAAAGCUUUUGCUGACAAUGGAAGUUUACAGAGUCAUCUAUUUACCCACUCUGGAGUUAAACCAUACAGCUGUGAUCAGUGUGGUAAAGCUUUUGCUUGCAGUAAGUACUUACAAAGGCAUCUAGUUACCCACUCUGGAAUUAAGGCGUACAGCUGCGACAUUUGUGGAAAAACCUUCCGCUGGCCACUCAGCCGUAAUAUUCACCGACGCAUUCACACCAAAAAUGAUUUUUGCUUCUGUGAUCAGUGUGGCAAAACCUUUGUGGCAUACAAAUAUUUACAGCAGCACAUGUUUAGCCACACUGAGGAGAGACCUCAUAAAUGUGACCUGUGUGAGAAGACCUUUAAAGAGCCACGUUCCCUGAGACAACAUCAACACAUUCACACCAGAAAGAAACUCUACAAGUGCACUUACUGUGAGAAGCAGAGCGACACAGAUGGAUCCACUUCUCAACCCUGUCGUCGCUGUGGUGGUGGGAAAGCGUUUCAUUGUGACCUUUGUGGAAAAACUUUCAAUCAUCCAGAUAGCCUAAAACUACAUCAACGUAGACACACUGGAGACAACAUGAGUUACUGCAAAGAGUGUGGGAGAGGCUUCCCCACACCAAGUGAAUUAAAAAAACAUUAUCUUUAUCACAGUGGCGUUAAAAAGCACGGCUGUGACCAGUGUGGUUCAUCUUUCUUCACUGCAAAUCAGCUUAAAGACCAUAAAAGAGUCCACACAGGAGAGAAACCAUACAAGUGCAGACACUGUGACAAAAGCUUCUCAAGUUCAGGCCAUCGUAAUGUUCAUGAAGAUGCACACAUUGAAGGGAACUUCAGCUGUGACCAGUGUGACAAGACCUUCAAGAAUCUCAGUUCCUACACCACACACAAACGAUCCCACGCUGUAAAUAAACAGUUUCACUGUUACCAAUGUGCAAAAACGUUCACUUCAUUAUCUGCUCUGUGCAAACAUCAGCGUGAUCAUGCAUGACUGAAAUCACUGGAUCACAAUGAAUCUGACGAGACAGAAAGAUCCUCUUCUGGUUUCAGGGUCAGACUUAAACACCUUGAGAUCAGGCUCCACAGAGUUCAGCUGGAGUCUCCUGUAAAGAGUGCAGCUGAUGUCACACUUGGAUCUGAUGAGGUAGCUCUGAUUUGGACCUGCAGUGAAUAAUCCUGGAUGUUAAACUAAGGAAGUUGCAAGUAUAGAUGUGCACAUCAAGUGUUUUCUUUUUUCUUUGAGAGAUUUUCAUUCUGUAAAAGAAACUUUAAUGUUGAAAAUGUUUGUCCUAUAGAAAAUAAGAGGAGAGUUGUUGAUUCUUGUUUAACUCUUAUCUGAAUAGCACUUACCUGAGUGCCUUGCCACCUCUUAGCCUACUUCCUAGGCCUUAUUCCUUGAAGAAAAGACUUCUCUCAAGAAGCACUUGUACCUGAGUCAAGUCAUUGUUUAAUCACUCACCUUCACACGUUCUUUAUUGUCAGAUGUCUGCAUAUUGCUGAUUAAACCUACUAAACAUUUUGAACAUCUUAAAUUUAGAAGUUGGAAUUAUGGAUAUAUAGAUCAACUUAAUUUUUCUUUGAUAAAUGUUGAUGCUCUUUUUUAAAACCCACCUUGUUUUAUUGUAAUUUUAUGUGUUAUCUUUUUAAACUUUAAUCUUAAAUCCCUUUCUCCCAAAACCGCAAAUAAUUUCACACUAGUUGCUCUUACAGCACCCAAUACAAACUUAAUUGUCAACCAGCUUUGAAACAAAAGCUGCUUUGACUUAAUGUCCACAAAAAAGAAUCUCAAGCUAAACUGGCAAUGGGCUGCACUUCCAUGUAGUACCAGUUUGUACCAGGAGAUUGAGCAGUGAGUGUAAUCUUUAUUUAAUCAGGCAAAGAACACAUUCUUAUUCACAGUGGCAGCAAAGAA